ACUCUUAAUUUGGGAGCUGACACCCACACCAAUGAAGCGGCAUAAAAGCAGUAGCAAGGAGUCCUUCCCUAGAACGGGUACUAGGAAAAAGGUUCAGACAUUUGUCCGUGUCAAACCCACUGAUGACUUUGCUCACGAAAUGAUCACAUAUGGAGAAGACAACAAAAGCAUUGAUAUUCACUUUAAAAAAGACAUUCGGAGAGGAGUUGUCAACAACCAGCAGACAGAUUGGUCAUUCAAGCUAGAUGGAGUUCUGCAUGAUGCCUCCCAGGACUUGGUUUAUGAGACCGUUGCAAGGGAUGUGAUUUCUCAGGCCUUUGAUGGCUAUAAUGGCACCAUCAUGUGUUAUGGGCAGACGGGAGCUGGGAAGACUUACACCAUGAUGGGAAUCACUGAGAACUUCAAGCACCGCGGGAUCCUCCCUCGUGCCCUGCAGCAGGUGUUUAAGAUGAUUGAAGAGCGCCCCACACACGCCAUCACCGUGCGCAUUUCCUACUUGGAAAUCUACAACGAGAACCUGUUUGAUCUCCUGUGCACCCUUCCUUACGUUGGACCCUCAGUCACACCAAUGUCUGUUGUGGAAAACCCUCAGGGAGUUUUUGUCAAGGGUUUGUCAGUCCACCUUACCAGUCAAGAGGAGGAUGCGUUCAACCUUCUUUUUGAGGGAGAGACCAACAGGAUUUUAGCCUCCCACACAAUGAACAAAAACUCAUCCAGGUCACACAGUAUUUUCACCAUCUACAUGGAGGCCCAUUCCCGGACCUUAUCAGAUGAAAAGUUUAUCACUUCCAAAAUUAACCUGGUGGAUCUGGCCGGCUCAGAGAGGCUGGGGAAAACUGGGUCUGAUGGACGAGUCCAGAAGGAAGCCACCUACAUCAACAAGUCGCUGUCAUUCCUGGAGCAGGCCAUCAUUGCCCUUGGGGACCAGAAGCGAGAUCACAUCCCUUUCCGCCAGUGCAAGCUCACCCAUGCCCUCAAGGACUCAUUAGGGGGAAACUGCAAUUUGGUUCUGGUGACAAACAUCUAUGGAGAAGCUGCCCAGUUAGAAGAAACGCUUUCUUCGCUGCGGUUUGCCAACAGGAUGAAGCUGGUGACAACCGAGCCUUCCAUCAAUGAAAAAUAUGAUGCUGAGAGAAUGGUCAAGAAUCUGGAGAAGGAGCUGGUGUUGCUCAAGCAGGAACUUGCCAUCCAUGACAGCCUGGCCAACCGCACCCUGGUGACCUACGACCCCAUGGAUGAAAUUCAGAUUGCUGAGAUCAACUCCCAAGUGCGGAGGUACCUGGAUGGGACCCUGGAUGAGAUCGAUAUAAUCAAUCUGAGGCAGAUCCAGGAGGUGUUCAACCAGUUCCGAGUGAUUCUGAGCCAACAGGAACAGGAGAUAGAGUCUGCCCUGCGCAGGAAGUACACUCUCAUAGAUAAGAAUGACUUUGCAACCAUUUCUGCUGUGCAGAAGGCAGGGAUCGUGGAUGCUGAUGGCCACUUAGUAGGUGAACCUGAUGGACAAAGCUUUGGACUCGGAGUUGCCCCCUACUCUUCCAAACCCGGGAAGAAGUCCAAGACCAAGAGAGGACUCAAAGAACAGAUCAGGGCAUUCCUGCCUCCUGCCAGCCCCUCAGCCAGGAAGGAAGGAGCCAGCAGCCCCCAGAGCGGGAAAGACUUCGACAUGAGUUCCACCUCCAAGACCCAGCUGAUCCUGUCUUCCAAAGAUGGAGAUGCCAAAGACAUGCUUUCUCGGGACCGGGAGACAUCCAGUAUCGAACCCUCGGACUCGCCUAAGGAAGAAUUGCGCCCACCCAGGCCGAGUACUCCACCCACCAAACCUAUGGCUUUUGAGGACUUUAAGAACGAGCGAGGUAGUGAGAUCAACCGCAUCUUCAAAGAAAACAAGUCCAUCUUGAAUGAACGGAGGAAAAAGGCCAGUGAGAUCACGCAGCGCAUCAAUGCCAUCAAAAAGGAGAUAGAUUCCACCAAAGAGGCGCUGCAAAGCCAGAAGUCACUACGGGAAACGGAAGGUGAGUACGAGAGCAAGGGGCUGAUGAUCAUAGACGAGGAGGAAUUCCUGCUGAUUGUAAAGCUCAAAGACCUGAAAAAGCAGUACCGCAGCGAGUACCAGGAACUGCGAGACCUCAGGGCCGAGAUCCAGUACUGCCAGCGCCUGGUGGACCAGUGUCGCCACCGCCUGCUCACAGGGAAGCCUAAGGAAAGUGUCCAGGUUACCCUGGAUCGAAACAGAUAUCACACUGAUGACUGA